GCGUCACACGCCGGGACAACAGUCCGAAAAGCAUAGCGCAACCACACUCUUUGACCUUUGCCCCGUGAUCACACCGCACCCAUCUCCCAUCCACUGUGCCACCGCCCCGCCCCUCCCCGUCCCCAUUUCCUCGCCCCAUCGUUCUCCCGUCUCUGUUCUGUUCGUCGACCGCCUCGUGCUUUCUUCAUGUCCAGGGAGCGGCGGGUGCCGCUCGUCCUGGCCCUGGCGGCGGCGGCGGUGGUGGGUGCCCUCGCGGUUGCGGAGGCGGAGCUGCAGGUCGGGUUCUACAAUGCGACGUGCCCGAUCGCGGAGGGCGUGGUGUUCGCGGAGAUGCACGCCAUCCUGCACGAGGACCCCACGCUCGCGCCCUCCCUGCUCCGGAUGCACUACCACGACUGCUUCGUCCAGGGCUGCGACGGCUCCAUCAUGCUCAGGUCCAGGCGGGGCACGGCGGAGCGGGACGCCACCCCGAACCGGAGCAUGCGCGGCUACGACGCCAUCGAGAGGAUCAAGGCCAAGCUCGAGAUGCUCUGCCCGCUCACCGUCUCCUGCGCCGACAUCAUCGCCAUGGCCGCCAGGGACGCCGUUUACCUGAGCAAGGGGCCGUGGUACGGCGUGGAGACCGGGCGGCGGGACGGCAACGUGACGGUGGCCGAGUACGCGGAGAACGACCUGGCGCCGCCGGACUCCAACAUCGUCGACGUCAAGACCUUCUUCAGCGUCAAGUCCCUCACCGCCAAGGACAUCGUCGUCCUCUUCGGGAGCCACAGCAUCGGGACCUCCCACUGCGAGGCGUUCCAGAAGCGGCUCUACAACUUCACGGGCGCCAUGGACCAGGACCCGUCGCUGGACGCCCGGUACGCGAGGCAGCUGAGGAAGCUCUGCCCGCGCCGCCACGGCGGCCGGGGCAGGAGGACCAAGGUGCCCAUGGACCCCGGCAGCGGCUUCACCUUCGACCUCAGUUACUACCGCCACGUGCUGGCCACGGGGGGGCUCUUCCAGUCCGACGGCAGCCUGCUCCACGACGCCGCCACCAGGGACUACGUCGAGAGGAUGGCCAACGCGUCGUCGCCGGACGAGUACUACCAGGACUUCGCGGCGGCCAUGGUCAAGAUGGGCCGCACCGACGUGCUCCCCGACCACCUCGGUGAGGUCAGGGCGACCUGCGGCGUUUUUGUUGACUAGCCUUAGCUUCAGGGCUGCACUUGCACAUAUACACACAAUGGUUGAUUUGUGUGGGGGUUUAUCGGGUUCUCUGAUCUUUAUUUAUGCUAAUAUUAUUAUUAACUGAAGAUGCAAAAGAGAUGCAAGGCAGUUUGCUUUUUAGCUGAGGGGAUCAUCACCUGUAACUUGUACAAAUAGUCAGUCCACGUACUAAUACUUAUACUGUACAUGGUCGUCGUUCAUGACGAGUACUGCGUGGAGCUAAUUAUCUGUUACAUCGGGUUGUUUGACCAA